UUAUCGUUCUUGUAGACACUGAAACAGAACACCAAUUCCCAGACACCAACUGAAAGUCACGCAGAUUCAGUAGGCCAGUGCAGCUGCUCGUCAAAAUCAAGGAUCUGCUCGCAGAAGCAAGUAGUUCUCAAUCCACGCGACGGUACACGUGACUCUCGAGACAGGCCAUUGUCAACUUUGGGUCGGCCAUUCACCCACAAUUCCAGGUCUUGUUCCUGAAACUCUCAGGAUCUCCCUUAACGUCGAAUUCCUUGCAUUGUCCAUCUACUCUCAAGAUGGAGACUGGAGCAGCACGUGCAGCUGUGGUACUUUCUGCAAAUGCGUUACCAGCAGCGUUGCAUCGGCAAUCCCGUGUCACCAUCUCAAGUCCAGCGACCUCCUUCCCGAAGUGCAGCUUGCAACUACUUUCAAGCUCAUCCAGCGAACUCCAUUCAGAAUCUUAUCGCCUGAAUGCGUCUCCAAUCAGCAAAAGCCGGUCGAGCAGGAAAGCCGGUCCCGUCAGUGCCAGCGCAAGCUCUGGUCACCAUGGACCGGCAGGCACGCGAGACCACAAGCAUGAUGAGCAGCAUGGCUCCUCCUCCCCCUCUACUUCCUCCUCCUCCUCCUCGUCUUUCUCCGCCUCGUCUCAGCAUCGGGUGCCUCACCCGGUGAGCGCUGGCGCGACGAAGGGGCCGGGGUCGGCGUCGAUCGCGGAGGACAAGGAGAAGGCGUCGGCGAAUAUCUCGGUCGGCGCGCUUAUGAACGAGGCGGAGCGCAACGACGUGAACUUCGCGUGGGAGGCGCUCAUGCGGUGGGGGAAGUUCUGGCGCGUGAAGGAAACCGAACACGCGCCGGAGGAGACGACUAAGGUCGUUAUCUUCGGCGGCGGGGCGUUCGGCACGGCUCUGGCCCACAUGCUGGCGCGCAACAACGCGGAUCUGGACGUGGUGAUUCUGCACCGCUUCGAGGAGGACUGCAAGAACAUUAACGAGCUGCACUGUAACAGUGCGUGCCAUCCGGGCAUCAUUCUGCCCGACAACGUGCGCGCCACCACGGACCCCAAGGAGGCCAUCACUGGCGCGCAGUACGCCAUCCACGCCAUCCCCGUGCAGCCGAGCGCUGCCUUCCUCAAGUCCAUAGCGGCGUACGUGCCGCCCACGCUGCCCAUCCUGUGCGUGAGCAAGGGCCUGGAGCUGGGCACCAUGGAGAUGAUGACGCAGGUCAUUCCCCGUGGGCUCGGCAACCCGCGCCAGCCCGUCGUGAUCCUCUCAGGACCCACAUUCGCUGUGGAGAUCAUCCGCGAGCUGCCCACUGCCCUGGUCGCGGCCAGCAAGGACCUCGCGCUGGCCAAGAGGGCGCAACACCUACUGGCGUCGAAAACCCUGCGAGUCAACACCUCCACUGAUGUGGUCGGGGUGGAGAUGGCGGGGGCGCUGAAGAACGUGCUGGCGAUAGCAGCGGGGAUGGUGGAGGGCAUGCAGCUGGGCAACAACUGCAUGGCUGCGCUGGUCGCCCAGGGGUGCUCUGAGAUUCGGUGGCUCACAGAGAAGAUGGGUGCUAAGCCCACCACUUUGGCUGGACUGAGCGGCACGGGUGACAUCAUGCUCACGUGCUUUGUGAGCCUGUCCCGCAACCGCACCGUGGGUGUGCGCCUGGGGUCCGGGGAGAAGCUGGAGGACAUCCUGGCGUCCAUGAGCCAGGUGGCGGAGGGUGUUGCCACGUCGGGCGCGGUGAUUGCGCUCGCCCGCAAGUACCGCGUGCAGAUGCCCGUGCUGACAGCUGUUGCGCGGAUCCUGGAGGGCAAGUUGGAGCCCAAGGAGGCGGUCAUGGAGCUCAUGAGCCUGCCGCAGGUCGAAGAGAAGUAGGAGCGGGAAAGCUCUCCUGAAUAAUUUGGAGGCACCAAGGUUAAAGAUGGCUUAGUUUGCGGUGUGGUGACAGCACACCCAUAGGAGCUAUUUUUCAGAAGGUGGCUGGAUAUGAGUGACAUCCAAAAGAUGGAUGUUGCACGCGGAAGGACGAGUAAGUGUGUGUUAAGGGGCUAGUGUGUAUCAUAGAUUAUGCUCGUGGCUACUAGUUAGCACAAGCAUGAGUUGUGAGGCGGUCUGAAGUGUUUUCCUGAGUGGCUUUUUUAUAACAGCUGUGUUUCCAUCAGGCCUCUUGAUAUCCUAGGGGUCACCCUGCAGUUUCCGAGUUUGCCCGAGAUGCAACUCGUCCAGGCUGGGUAGCCCAAAGAAGUUUGACAGUUUUUGCAGGCAAGAGUUUCGUCAAGCUCGGAAUAAGCCACUCCUGACAAUGACAGGGGGAUGAUUUUUUACUAGGGGCGUGAACGUUUACAUUAGAUUUUACAG